AUGUUUCGUCGCGCUUCUCCGCGAUUCACUCCCUUGCGUGGCCUCAAAGGCCCUCGUUUCGCGCGAUACUUCCAUCUAAUUACAACAAAUUUCAUCGACUUUGAUUCAAGGGGGAAUCUUGCUUCCAGAAAAGUAUCUAUGAUUGUUGGAAAUCCGGGAGAAACCUAUGUUUUGAUUGACCCAGAGGUUGGUACUACAAUUCGUGCUGCCAGCCCUUUUGCAUCACAUUCGGCGGCUGGUGCUGAAAGGAGCUGUAAACUUACAUUUUUUCACGAUUCGCAACAUUUUGGAUUUGGGUCUUCGAGCUACCCCCGCCUCUAUGUCCCAAGUCAAAUGCCUCGUCAGACAGAGUCAAAUUCAAGCCCUGCAACUUUGUUCCUGAGUGGAAAAAUGUAUGAAAUAGUUUUGGAUGGAACUCCUGAUGCAAAAUUUGCCGAGGACGCAAGCGCUUCUGGACGGAACCUGGAAAGCGUUCUCCGUCAACUUGAGCAUAUGUGA